AUGUGCCGCGGCGUUUCAUGCACCCUGUUUCCCGCUCGUCCGGGAGCCAAGGCCAUCGAUCACUCCUCGACGAGCUUUCACCACGUACCGCUACCGGCCAACGCCCUGCUCGGACAUCUUCACGGCUCGCCCGAGGACGACCGGAAAUCCUUCCUGCGUGCUAUCCACCGCGUGACCGUCGGCACGCUUUGCCUGUCUACAAGCAACGCUACCGUCCUGCGCGUGGCGGGCUGCAUUGCCGGUAGGUAUAGCGCCAAACGGCGGGUCGGCGAGCCGAUGUCGGUUCCUAUCCUCUCCUUCAGCACCCAGUACGGCCCUAUCGCACGGGUUCUUGCGCAUGCCGUCGUCUUUGACAAGUACGCGAUGGAGGCGAUGCAGUUGUUCACCGCAAACGUCGGAAAACCAGACAUGGGGAAUGUGAUCGCGAGCAUUUUCAAGGCUACCGUCCUCGACUAUACGCAGAAGGCAUUGAGUGAACUCGUUGACCGAUGUGGCUGGCAGGGUCUAUACGCUCACAAUCAAAUUAGCGAGUUAUGGCUCGCCGAAAAGGGCAACAACAUCGCCGAGGGCGACCUUGUGGUCCUCUGCAUCCGACUCGCGAGUGAGAUCCUUCUCGGGCGGUAUGCACCGCCGAAAGCCCGUGACCCGCAGUGUCUUCUGGCGCUCCACGAGUCCGGAGUCUGGAACGAAACCCGUCAAAUAUUGGCGUCGCUUCACGGGGGACACCGGGGUGAAGAGUUCAAUGCCCAUGUCCUACCGCUGUCUCUGCCGUUGGUCCGGGCUACGGGCCAACGGAUGGCAUACGAGGCUGCCAAGGAUGCUAUGGUACACGAAAACGAUCACGGUUUCGGUGUCACGCCGCAAGUGCUGGCCUUGUAUGAGUCCACUUGUAUGAUGGAAGACAAGAGCUGGUAUGUUGAAAACAGUAUUAUGUCGCGGCUGGCACUGCUGAACCGCGAUGUCGAUGCGCUGAACUCUAUUUUACCGUUGUUGGAUGGCAUGAUUAAUGACCCAGCUGUCGACUCCUUCAUCAAUGCACCCAUGGUUGAUCAAGAUAGACUGGCCACUUUUUUCUCCACUUUGCCAUCAUUUCAGGGUCCACAGACCGAGCACUUUCUGGCCAAGAUAUGA